AUGACUGAAGAACAAACCAAUAAUCCACAAGUCAACCCAGAAGAACCACAAGUUAAUCCAGACGAACCACCUAAUUUCAAUAUUGAAUCAGAGGCUGAUGUUGAACCAUUAGUUCUUCAAUUAAAAGCUUUUCUUGAAAAACAUGACCUUGAUGUUUCCGUUAAGUUUAAACCAAAGAAGAUGAGAGGAUCAACUUCCUUGGUUGAUGGAGAUGGACUUAAAACAGGAGAGGUUAAUAUUCCAGCAGACUUUAAAAUCACUGGUAAAGAUAAUAAUGGUAAAGAUCUUGGACAUGGUGGAGAUGAUGUAAAAGUUAAAGUAAUUGACCCACAAGGAAAUGAAGUUCCAUGUGAAGUCAAAGAUAAUGGUGAUGGAACUUAUGAUGUUGGUUAUACUCCAGUUGUUCCAGGAAUGCACAAAAUUGAAGUUGUUGUUAAUGAUGAACCAGUAGAAAAUACUCCAGUUGAUGUACUUGUCUUUGAUGAAAUUCCUGAUGCUCUUAAUUGUACUGCUGAAGGAGAAGGAUUAGAAAAUGCAGAAACAAAAACACCAGCACCAUUUAAGAUUGUUACAAGAAAUAGAGCAGGUGAACAACUUAAGAAAGGAGGACAAAAAUUCAAUGUUACAGUUCAAGGACCAACUAUUGCUGCUGAAGUUACUGUUAAAGAUAAUGAAGAUGGUACCUAUGAUGUUGAAUAUGUUGCUAAAGAACCAGGAAAACAUCAUAUUGAUGUUCAAGUUGAAACACCAGUUACUCCAUCAGAAGGAGAAAAGAUUAAUCCAGAUAAUAAAGAAAGAAAAUUUUUAAGAAAUCCAGAUGGACCAGGUGUAGAUGGAGGAGAAGAACUUGAUGAUUGUAAUGAUGCAGAAUUUGUUAUCACAGCUAAAGAUUAUAAUGGAGAUCCUAUUAAAGAAGGAGGAGCUAAAUUUGAUAUUAAAGUUCAUGAUCCAAAUGGAGAUGACUUAGAAUGUGAAUGUGUUGAUAACAACGAUGGUACUUAUAGUUGUAAAUAUGCACCAGAAUUCCCAGGUGAUUAUACAGUUGAUAUUAAACUUAAUGGUGAUAAAGUUGGUAAAGCACCAUAUGAAGUUUGUGUUGGAGAAGGAGUUGAUAAUCAAAAAUCAGGAGUUGAUUGCUUCCAAUUUACUAUUCUUGCUAAAAGUAAAAGAGGAGGACCUGUUAAACCAGGUAAUGCUAAAUUCUCAGUUAAAAUUAUCCAUGAAAAUGGAACAGAAAUUCCACAAGAAAAUAUUGAUAUCAAAAAUUUAAAAGAAGCUAAAUACAGAGUUACUUAUAAAGUUUCAGAACACGGUGAUUAUACAAUUCAUUGCUUAUUGAAUAAUAGAGACAUUAAGGGAUCACCAUGGGUUCAACAAUGCUAA